AUGGGCAUGUUCAACGACAUCACAAAGCCUGCCCCGCCUCUGCCAAGAACAACGGCGAAGGAGAUCCAGCCAGAUAUCAAACUGUUACACCCGUUGACAAGGCGUGGGUCUGGUCCAGGUCUCAUCGUACUGCUGCCUUCCAAGGACGACUUCUUAUCCAUCACCGACGGUGUUCCCUCCAUACCAGUCAAAUGGGCAGAGGAAGGCUACACCGUCGUUGGAGUCUCAGAUCUCGGCGAUGACGUAAAGGCGACAUUGAAAACCGCCUUGGAUGCGCUCGAAGCAUGCCAUGAAUGUAGUCCGAAGGAGAAGGUCGGCUUAGUCUCGUACAACCCGUCACUUUGGGAGAAGGCAGCGCCAGUGCUCGAGGCAUUCCCAUCUAUUGCUGGCGCCGUGGUCUACAACGACCUUGCCGAUAAGGAGAAGGUCGCAUCUUCGCCGGUCCCAACACUCACCCAUCUUGCAGGCGAGGGCGAAGGCUCUCCGAUCCCCCAACGACAUGGGAAGAACAUCACUUACACCUAUACCAACAAGUUCCUGAAACCACUGAUGUACGGUCCAUAUUUCGACUUGGAGAUAAUAUGGGAAGAGCAUACUUACUACGAGUUUGCAGACAGAAGUGUGGAGCAUACGAUGAGCACGAUGGUUCAGGAGCCCUAUGUCAAUCAUGUCCCUACUCUGACUGGCGGUAUUGGACGUUCCGAACUUUCAAAGUUCUAUGCGCACAACUUCAUCUUCAACAAUUCCGAGGACACAUCAUUGGAUCUUCUUAGUCGAACACUGGGAAUUGACCGAAUCGUUGACGAAUUUAUCUUCAGCUUCACCCACGACAAGGAACUGGAUUGGCUACUACCAGGAGUGCCGCCAACCCAUCGAAAGGUCUCUGUCCCUUUUACAGCUAUCGUCAAUGUUCGCGGCACAGUCCUCGCUCAGCUUGGACUUCUGCCGGAGUAUCUGCCAUUCCCAUAUCCUUUGCCGGAUGCGAAAGACGCAGAGCCCCGCAAGAAGGUCGAAUAUCGUGUUCCUGUUGAGGGCAUUAACUCGGCCAAGAAGAUGCAGGACAGAAAUUCCGUCCAGAGCAACAUGAUGUUCCAGUACAAGAUCAGAGAGCUGGAUUAG